AUGUCAACCAACAGCAGCAAGUGGAAGAAAGCUCUACUUCCUACCCUUGGAAACCGUCGCAGAGGAAGGGACCCCACUAGCCGCCUCCCUGCUUCAAGAACAGCUGCAAUACUGCAGCACGCAGAAGAAACUGCUCCUGGUUCUGUCGACGAUGAAGUCGACGAGAGAGUCGUCAGCGUUUUGUUAGAGACCACAAAUGAGGCCGACAACGAAAGCCAAUCUGCCAUCAUCGGAAAGAAUAGAGGAAUCGCUCACAGCCAGACCGUGGGCGUGAUGCCCUGUACAGAGAAUUCAAGUGUCGCGGGCUCGCCUGCCAGAGUCCACAGCAAGGUCACCAAGCUUGCCACUCCACCCCGCAGAUCAUCGAAGCGCAACCUCCAAGCCGUCACCCAUGACUUUGCAAGGUCAUCGCCAAAGCGAAGCGCAGAUGGGCUGGUUCGACCUUUGCCCAAGCUCCGUUCGUCGAACCUCCUUAGUCGAGAGACCCGUCGAAUUGCCCAGUCGCCAUCUGUGUCUCCGGGCAAACUUCCAGCUCAUUGUGGUGGCAAGGGCACGAUUCGAAAGAGUGGAAGUUAUGUCGACAAGACCAACGAUCCGUUGGUGUCCGUCUUUGCCGGAACCGAUGACCUAAAUGGAAGUGCCGUGGACUCGACUGGAUUUGGGUCUCUCCCGAAGAUGUCUCGCCUCAGGAAGAACAAGGUCUUUGCCAAAUUUGCAACUGCCCUUUCGGAGCAUUUCAGUAGACAGGAAACCCGGAAAGAGCAGAAAUCUGGCGACGGUGCCACCGAAUCGCUACCUGUGUCCAACAACGAAGCCAGCAAGCCCAUCCUGCAUGGUCUGCCACUGGGUAGACUUACACUGGCUCAGCUGCCUCUUCCUGACGUCGAAGCGUCUUCCGCAUCGACCGAUCACCUUCCCAACGAGAAUGGCAGUCUAGAAGACCGCAAAGGCAGCAGAGCCGUGGCAACAGCCCGUACGGCGCCUUCAAUGCCUCAAAAGCGGCUCAGCAUGGUGGAGGGCAGUCCGCCUCUGGAAGAUCCCUUUUCAGAGGAAUCUCCUGGACGACAGUCAACCGAAUUCGAAGCUCGCUUGAAGAAUGUUCAAGCCUCGGGAGCUGUUGGCGGACCCAACCCCGUCACUUCACUGACCGACCCAUUCUUGACUGAGGCGAUCAUGGAUACCAGCGACAACUCCAUCUUGAAAACGCCUCCAAUCGGUAGUUCCACGCCUAGGGCCCGAGUCCAAGCUCUGGUACCUAUUAAGAUCUCUUCCGAGGGCACUCAACUUGUCCCAGAUGCUAGGACCGAAGUGACCAUCGUGUCUCCCGAUGGACCAACAACGAGCCCUUCCAAGCGACGCAAGUUUGCUAUCGUAUGCGACAACCCAACCAAACUUGACACUUCCCUUCGGCCAGGUCACCAAGAUAUUGGCUCUGGUUCUCCGUCAAAGGCUCGUGGCAGUUCCGAUUCAACUAGGCUGAGUUCCUUUCCGCCCGGAUCUACCAUUCGACAUGUGCCACGUUCGAUGGGCCGCCUCACUGGACUUCCUGACUUAGCAGCGUCAGCAGCGGCUCGGCGAAGAUCUCCAAAGGUCGGGCGGAAGAAGCAUCCAUCACCUAGCAAGCGAGAUCUUGACCUUUAUGGCAAGUUCAUGGAGGAGAGUGUUGGCCUCGGCGUCUUCAAGGACACGGACGAGCUGGCCUUGAGCUUCACCUCUUUCGCGGCCACCAAUAGCCCUGCUCUGGCGCCUCGCGAUAAGAACAACCUACUUCGAGGUUCAACCGACAGCCAUUGUGACUCGGGCAAGGGUUUCAGCCCGAAAGGGCCUGUUGCUGGCUUGAGUGCGAAAUCUCGGAGCCGAAUUCCACAACCAGUGAGCCAACGUGCUCGGUCUCGCUCGGAGACAGCUUUCGCUCGGGACUUCGCACCUGCCAACCACGGCGACUCUACCACCGAGGAUGAGUUGCAGUGGAACUCGUCCACCUACGUUGUAGGCCGCGGACGUGAUCACCGCUGCCAACGUUGCGGCAGCAUGACAGAGACAUUGUAA